GUCCGUGAGCCACCUCGGCCACACCUGCCCUUUAACCCAGCAGCUCUGGCAGCCUCUGGUCUGGAGGCCAGAGGCCGAGUUGCUGUUAUUCACAGCNUACUGAAGAUCUAGACAGAAGAGCCAGCUGGAGUGGUGGCCAGCUAUAAAGAUCAAAAGGGAGCCGAGCUAUAAUGGGGUUUUAAUCACAGCUCUACCCCUGGGUGGUGCUGGGCAAGUCUCUGACCCCUGAAAACCUGCUCUAUCUAUUGCUUUGUCUGCCGAAGACUUGGCAAGCUGAGAUCUGCUUCCGGUUGGCUCAGCCUCAUAACUCAGAGCAGAGUGUCACUUUAGAUAGAAAUGUCAUCAAGAGCUUGGGAAGAAAGGGCCUCCCUAUCCAGUAUGGACAGGAAGGUUGCAGUCCAUGAAGAUGGCUAUCCUGUGGUCUCUUGGGUCCCUGAGGAAGGAGAGAUGAUGGACCAGAAAGGCAAGGACCAGGUGAAGGAUCGAGGCCAAUGGACCAACAAGAUGGAGUUUGUGCUGUCAGUGGCUGGGGAGAUCAUUGGCUUAGGCAACGUCUGGAGGUUUCCCUAUCUCUGCUACAAGAAUGGAGGUGGAGCUUUCUUCAUCCCCUACUUCAUCUUCUUCUUCAGUUGUGGCAUCCCGGUGUUCUUCCUGGAGGUGGCACUGGGCCAGUAUAGCAGCCAGGGGAGUGUGACUGCUUGGAGGAAGAUCUGUCCCCUCCUCCAAGGCAUUGGCAUGGCCUCUGUGGUCAUUGAGUCUUAUUUGAACAUCUACUACAUUAUCAUCCUUGCCUGGGCUCUCUUCUACCUGUUCAGCUCCUUCACCUGGGAACUUCCCUGGACAACCUGCACCAACUCGUGGAACACAGAGCACUGCGUGGACUUUCUGAAUCACUCAUCGGCCAGAGGAGUGAGCUCUUCUGAGAACUUUACCUCACCUGUCAUGGAAUUCUGGGAGUAGGUUCUGGGCCUGAUCUGUUCUGCCUGGGGACGGGCAGAGGCAGGGCAGGAUGACCACUGGAGACUCCCUGGCUCCCCGCUGCCUCUGCGUACCCGUGUCAGAAGUGAUUUUUGCCUGCUUGCCUUCCAGGUUGUUUACUUCACAGCCACUUUUCCCUACCUGAUGCUGAUUAUUCUCCUGAUCCGGGGUGUNACCCUUCCUGGAGCCUACCAGGGCAUCGUCUUCUACCUGAAGCCAGACUUGCUCCGCCUCAAGGACCCCCAGGUGUGGAUGGAUGCGGGCACCCAGAUCUUCUUCUCCUUUGCCAUCUGCCAGGGGUGCCUGACAGCCCUGGGCAGCUACAACAAGUACCACAACAACUGCUACAGGGACUCCAUCGCCCUCUGCUUCCUGAACAGCGCUACCAGCUUCGUGGCUGGGUUUGUUGUCUUCUCCAUCCUGGGCUUCAUGUCUCAGGAGCAGGGAAUACCCAUUUCNGAAGUGGCUGAGUCAGGUCCUGGGCUGGCCUUCAUUGCCUUCCCCAAAGCUGUCACCAUGAUGCCUUUGUCCCAGCUGUGGUCCUGCCUCUUCUUCAUCAUGCUCCUGUUCCUAGGGUUGGACAGCCAGACAGGGCAGCAGAAGUUGUUUCAGCAGCCUGUGGGAAGUAGCUUUUGCCAGCACGGCUGCUGCUCCUCUGUGACUGGGAGGCUGGGCUGCACUCUUCCACUGUGUGGUGUGUGUUACCCUUUCUAUCACAGCUGGGCCUGGGGGAGGAGUGGGAGUCUUCCCCAAGGCCAAGAAGCCUUCACUUCUGGCUCUCACCUUUUCUCUCACUCUGCUGGCUCAGGGGCUGACCGUUUCUAUGACAACGUGGAGGACAUGAUUGGCUAUCGGCCAUGGCCCUUGGUGAAGAUCUCCUGGCUCUUNCUGACUCCUGGCCUUUGCCUGCGCCUUCGAAGACUCAUCACACCAGACCCCAGUCUGCCCCAGCCAGGGCGGCGCCCACCACAGGAUGGCUCCUCUGCUCAAAACUGUUCAUCCUCUCCAGCCAAACAAGAACUCAUUGCCUGGGAGAAGGAGACUCAUUUGUAGGAAGUGCCAGAGGCCAGGUGACUCCAGAGCCAGGAACCUGGUCAAGGCUAGCUCCUCCCAGGGGUAACCUCUGCUCCACCCUGCUGUGACCUCUCAGGACACCCCUGCCAGUCUUCUGGGAGCCACUCUUCUGUUCAGCUGGAACAGCUUGUCACCUCUCAGUCCUUUCCAAGUGAUCUCUAGGAAGCUGAGUCUGC